AUGCAUAUUUUGACAAAGGAGAUCUACUCUCUCUACCAGAAGCCAGACUACAAAAUCGAAAAGAAGAAUAUAAUGACUGGUCACUGGAACUAUUGUGAGGAUGGAGAGUGUGGACCCAUUAACUGGGAAGGCGCACACGGGCAACACCAAUCGCCGAUCGAUAUCGAUUUGGGUGGCGUUGAGCGAAAGGAUACCGUUGAUGCGAUCAAAUUCGUGAAUUACGAUAAAAUCCUUAAGGGAUCCAUUGUCAACAAUGGACAUUCGGUCCAAAUCGUUCCCGAGGAAGCUGUCGAGCAUCCGGAGAUUUAUGGAGGAGGUCUUGAUCAAGUGUAUCGCCUUGUUCAAUACCAUUUCCACUGGGGAGCACACGCGAAUGAGGGAGCCGAGCACCGAGUUGGUGGCUUGUCCUAUCCGGCCGAGCUUCACCUCGUCCAUCAAGGCAUCGAAAAUCCCGAUCGUUUGGCUGUUGUCGGAGUUUUUCUCCGAGUCGGUCAAGAGGGAAAAGCUUUGGCUGAAGAAGAACAAGCACUCCGCCAUAUCAUUGAGCCAGGCUCAACCACUACUCUUGAUCAUAUCUCGAUUGGUAACAAAUUGCCGAAAAAUCGAACCUCAUUCUGGCGCUACGAGGGCUCAUUGACCACUCCACCAUGCAGUGAGAUUGUCACAUGGACUCUCUUCACGGAGCCUAUUGAUGUCACGAGUCAACAACUCGACCUCCUCCGCAACUUGAAAGACAGCGAGCACGUUUGCUUGAAGAAAAACUUCCGCCCGGUUCAAAAAUUGAAUGAUCGAACUGUUUAUCAUAUUGUUGCUAGACAU